GGUACGACGAUGAUUCGAUUCUUCCUCGAACCUUUUUUGAUUGGAUCUAUCCAACGGUAACACGCCGUUGCUUCUUGUUCCAAUUCUACGAAUCUGCUUCACAACAAUUCUUUGGAUCGGCUCGUACCGGUACACCAUCGAGACACACAAAUCGACACACCACACUUCUCAAACGAGCAGUUCGCAACGAKAAACCGAAACCGAAAUACAGUACCGAAGCAGUCGAGUUGUUCUUUCAUCGAUUCGAAUCCGUAGAAAAUCGACCCCGGCACAGCUAGCUACAAUGAUUUCCGAGAAACGCCUGUUCCUGGCAGCGGCCGCCGCCGUCCUCGCAGCCAACAAUCGCUGCCUCCACACUAGCGCCGCCCCCCUGGACGACCUGAUCACCGAGCUCCCGGGCUUUGGCCGAACUCCCACGCCACAGUUCAGCGGAUACCUCGAUGCCUCCAAGGGGUGCGACACCAAGGUGAACGGCCCGGUGUGCAAGAUCCACUACUGGCUCGCCAUGGCCGAGAGCGAAGGCGAUUCCGAAGGCGCGUCGGACAAGGACAACAACAAGGACAAAGACAAGGAUCCGCCCAGAACGGUUCUCUGGCUGAACGGAGGCCCCGGAUCCUCGUCUCUGCUGGGGUGGCUACAGGAGGUCGGCCCGCUCAUGCUGAACGCAUCGGGGGGGCUCAUGGAAAACCCCUGGGGCUGGACCAAGGCGGGGGUCAACCUCAUGGCGAUCGAGGCCCCGAUGGGGGUCGGUUUUUCCUACUGCUCCCGGGAGCUAGACGAAAAACAACCCAAACCUUGCGUCAACACGGACACGAACACCGCCGAGGCCAGCCGUGCGGCCCUGGUGGACUUUUUCACCACCAAGUUCCCGGAGCUCGCCAGGGGCGACUUUUACAUUGCCGGGGAGUCCUACGCGGGGGUCUACAUCCCGACGCUGGCGAAGGAACUCCUCACCCACAAAGACUCGAAAGACGGGGUGGUGCCCCUCAAGGGGAUCCUGGUGGGAGAUCCCUGCACGGACAACGCAGCCCAGAACGAUUCGAUGGAUUCCAUCUGGUACUCCCACAAGUACGGACUCAUGGACAACGAGGUCUACGACGUUCUGGCCAGCGACAAGUGUUCCGAUUACUACCGCACCAAACUUACGGAGGAACUCAUGAUCGGGCGCAGGAGCAGGGGCAAGGACCGUUCCAAUGCCAGGGGCACGCACUCGUCCAGGUCCCACCAAUCCGUUGGAAAGCGAUGGUCGAGCCACGUGACGGCUGCCGACCUGAACCAGGAACUGGAAGCCAUCGAGGACCUGACCGAGCGACGCCUGGCGGCCGAAGCCCUGUAUCGGUCCCGGGUUCUUGGCAUCGAGGAGGAGGAAGACACCAAGGAGCACAAGCUCCUCCGAUCGGCGGCUUCUGCCACAAAGGGCAAUGGCAAUGGCAAUGGCAAUGGCAACGGCAAUGGCAAUGGCAAUGGCAAUGGCAACGGCAACGGCAAUGGCAAUGGCGAAAGCGAAAGCGGACCCCCGGGUGAGUGCAAGCUUGCCUACCGCAAGUUCUUGCUGUCGUCGUCGGAUUCCCUUUCCCAGGGAUGGAAGGACCUGUACAUCGACGAUUACUCCCUCUUUGCCCCCGUGACCUCCAGGGAAGACGACCAAAUGGCCGACUACUUCAACCGACCCGACGUCCGCUCCGCCCUUCACGUCACGGACACCAUGGAGCAAAGCUGGCCCAACCCGGACGUUGGCUUCUCGUAUACGAAGGAAUACAAUGCCUGCAACUGGAAACCGGCCGAGUUCAUUCGGUACCCCAACACGACCAUGGUCGACGUCUACCGGGAGAUCAUCCCCAUGCUGGACCGGGUCUGGAUUUACAACGGCGACACGGACCCCUGCGUGAGCUACGAGGGGACCCGGGAGGCCGUCAAGCAGAUUUUGGUGGACGAGCUGGACGGUGGGUCCUACCGGCCCUGGUUCUACCAGCAGGAGGCGGCGUCGCUGGAUGUCCUGGCGGAAAAAUCCGUCCUCUUCGGACCCGACCUCGUCGCCCAGACCCUGGAGCAGAACCAGUUCGCCGGCGAGGUCACCAGCUACCAGAACGGCCUGUCCUUUGUCACAUUCCACGGGAGCGGGCACAUGGUCCCGCAGUUCCGCCCCCAGUCCAGCCUGCACUUUUUGAAGCGCUUUCUCUACGCGGCCGACAACGGGUCGGCACUCUCGCCCCUCCUGCCGACCAACGCCACCCUGCUGGCCAUGAGCGACGACGACUUUGAGCAGGCCAUGGACGAUUGGACGGAAUCCGCCCGGGACGAGCUCUAGUUCGGGAACGUCGCGGGCGGGCCACGGGGCGAACCGGGCGGCAGGCACACCGGAAGGACGGAAGGAACGAACCAACCCGGAUCGCGGGAACGAACUCGCAGCGAUCGGCGGAGCCGACUCUUUGGAAUCGUUGCCAGCAUCGACCAACGACUCUUCUACGAUAAAUGUGUGCGUGGGCUAAUUGCUUGCUUCAUACCUGGCUCGUCGGUUAAUUAAUAAAGGAAUGAAUCAAUGCCGAAAACUAAUAUGGUGUGAACCCAUUACAGUACUGUAUUGAAUGAUCGACGUAUGCGAUGUAGCACAGCGUUCUCUCAUCUUUUAUUUGUAGUUGAAAUUAGGCGAUGGAUGCAUGCCAGUGCUAUGCACGCUGCAUUUUAUGCUCGGGAUGAAUCCAUGGCAUGAUAUAGCUAACUAGUACAAACAUACCAGUGCAAUGCAGUCUACAGGUGUUGUCGUAUGCAUGAACAGUUGRAUCGCACGACCUUCGCGAUUGAAGAAUUGGAGUGGGAAGCUGUUGGACUUGUGCUAGGGCAUGAAGUAAGUUGUUGAAGUUAGUUCUGGUUGUAAGUAAGAAUGAUUGACGAUUCAUUCCAAGGAGGAAAAUGCUAUGGKCUGGGCUCUGGAGAAGCGAAAGUUUGCACUGCUUUUGUAGAUCCUCAUCAAUUAUCAUUGGAUUGCUUUUGUUCUUCCCUGUAGGAAAGUAGCAACACAAGAUUUCAAGCUGUUUUUGGCAUAUGAAUGUGAUUUCACCGUCAGUUGCGUUCCAGUGGUCAUUUUGACGUGCUGCUACUUGCACAUGAUAGCUAAGAGUGACGCAUUUUUGAGGCUGUAAUUCUCAUUAUUAUUGGUAACUUUCUUCAAAAGAGGUGCACUGGACCAUUGUCAAUGCAAACUUUAGUUUGCCGUGUUWAUAGAGUGUAUUUUCAUGUGUGAAAAUUAACUUUUUCCCGUCUC